AUGAUAAAGGAGAGUUUAGAAGUAUAUAGUAUAGAUGUAUAUACGCCUUUUCCUCUUUUCCAUGUUUUGAUAUGUGAACUUGUGUUUCAGAAAUACCUGGAGCGGUUCGGUUACCUUAAUGUAAACAAAACCUUGCCAUCCGACGAGACAUCAGCAGAAAUAAAAUACAACGAAAAAUUCAAAGAUAAAUAUACGAAACAAGAAGUUGAAAAUGCGCUCUCUGAUUAUCAAGAUUUUUUAGGACUUCCAAAAUCAGGAGAAUUGACCAAAAUCACCAUAGAUACAAUGUUAAAACCAAGAUGUGGAGCAAAAGACAAAUCCCCUGAAAAUUUUAAAAUCACUUGGACGAGUCGUGGGCAACGUAAAAGACAACAAAUACUUCAGAACCCCAAGGACCCGUUUAGUAAAAGUGUUACGCUCAGCUGGAUCGUUUCACCAGAUUAUCUCUCCUCGACGACCAAAAUUACAAAGAAAAUUUACGAACUAAUGGAAUUUGCAAUGAACAUGUGGGCUGGAGUUUCAAACGUGAAGUUUCGAAGUCUGGAAGGUACAGACGAGGCAGAUUUAGUCAUAUCAUUUCGAAAAGGAUACCAUGAUGAUGAAGAACCCUUUGAUGGACCUGGAGGAGUUACCGCGCAUGCGUCACGAGAGGCCAUGCAGAUUCAUUUUGACGAUAACGAGAGUUGGGAUUACAAAAAGAAGAAUGGUUUCUUUGUUGCUACACGAAAGCAAGGCGAUUUCAUUGCAACUGCUAUUCACGAAGUGGGUCAUAUCCUUGGACUGCCGCAUUCUGCUAUUCCUUCGUCUAUCAUGUAUGCUUUAAUGGGCUCUCAAAGCAUUUACGCUCUUCAUUCUACUGACAUACAGAAUGUGCAAGACAGAUACGGUAAAUGUUGGCCAGAUCGUAUAGACUCUAUCUUCAGCAAUCACAAAGAUGGUAGAACUUAUAUUUUUGUUGGUCCCUAUGUUUACCAACUUAAUGACAAUGCAUUGCAAGUCGAGCAAACAUGGCCGCGCCCAUUUCAAAAGAUCUUCCGAAGCAAUUUCAAAUAUAUCGAUGAUGUUUUGAUUAAUACUGAUUGGAAGCUGUAUUUCUUUUCGGGCGGUGAAUAUUAUCGAGAUGAUGGUGGUACGCCCAAGAUACUAAAAAUUGGCAAAAAUAAAAAUGGUAACGUGGGUUGGAAUAAAUUAGAAGUCGAUAAAAUCGAUGCUGGGUUUUUGCACACGGAUGGCAAGGUCUACCUAUUCCGAAAAGAUCUGGUUUAUCGUUGGGACAAACUUGCGUCGACACCGAACCUUCCACAUUACCCGGUAGGGGCCGUUGAAAUGGGAUGGCCUAAGAAGAUAUCUGAAGUGUUUCCAGGUGUGCCAGAAAACAUCGAUACGGUAUUUCGAUGGUAUCAUGAUGGUGGAGUGUACUUCUUUAAGGGGAAGUACUUCUAUAUCUGGAAUGAAAAAGACAAGAAAGUUGUGGGGAAAUACGCGACACACCAGUGGAAAAACAUAUGCGAUGUUUACAUGUGCGGUUCUGGCCGUUGCACAAGUUGGGCGGAAAGAGCUUGAAUCAACCACGUCUUGGUCUUGUGGCCCCUGAGUUGUCAUGAACAAGGCAAAAUGGGCUUGGGAACGAGGUUGAAUUAAAUAUCAUUUCUUCCAAAUUUACAACGCAGUUGCCUUAAUGGAAAGCAUGCUAGGGAUAAGGCUGUUAAAGUUUAAUAAUGAUCAAAAAUGAUUUAUUUACUUAUAUUAUUUUAUUUAUUUAUUUCAAUACAUAUUUACCUGCCAA